UCUUUCUCUCUCUCUGUUUCUCAGCUCGCGAGCAUGAAGAGCUGGCGGGACAUGCGCAACGAGAUCCUGUACCUGACGGGCAACAGCACGCAGUCCCCCAACCACAUGUACCAGGCCGUGUCCCGCAUCGUCUGCGGUCACCCGGAGGGCGGAGGCCUGAAGAUCAAGUCCCUCAACUGGUACGAGGACAACAACUACAAGGCCCUGUUCGGGAACUACGGCAAUGACAGCGACGGCGAGCCCGCCUCCGUUUACGACAACUCCUCCACACCCUACUGCAACAGCCUGAUGAAGGGCCUGGAGUCCAGUCCCAUAUCCCGCAUGAUCUGGAGGGCUCUGAAGCCGCUGCUCAUGGGCAAGAUCUUGUACACCCCUGACACCCCCGCCACGCAGAGGAUCAUACAAGAGGUCAAUAAGACGUUUCAGGAGCUCGGUGUUCUCAGAGACCUCGGAGGCAUGUGGGAAGAGAUGAGACCCAAAAUCUGGAACUUCAUGGAGAACAGUGAGGAGAUGGACCUCGUUCGGACGCUCCUCCAGAACAACGCCAGCGCUCGCUUCUUCAACGCCAAGCUGAGCGGCACCGACUGGCAAGUGGAGGACAUAUCCAGCUUUCUGUCCAAGGCUUCGGAGGACAGGCGCCCCCAUGCUUCGGCGUACACGUGGCGGGAAGUGUUCAACGAGACGGACCAGGCCAUCCAGACCAUCUCGCGAUUCAUGGAGUGCGUGAACCUGGACAAGCUGGAGCCGGUGGCUAACGAGGAGCGCUUGGUGAACAAGUCCAUGCGUCUGCUGGACGACCGCAAGUUCUGGGCUGGGAUAGUGUUUCCUGACAUGCAGGCCAACACGUCCGAUCUGCCGCCCAACGUCAACUACAAGAUCCGCAUGGACAUCGAUAACGUGGAGCGCACCAACAAGAUCAAGGACGGGUACUGGGAUCCCGGUCCUCGAGCGGACCCGUUUGAAGACCUCAGGUACGUCUGGGGAGGCUUCUCUUACCUUCAGGACGUCAUCGAACACGGCAUCAUACGAGCUCUGACCGGCAGCAAGGAGAAAACCGGGGUUUACAUCCAGCAGAUGCCUUAUCCCUGCUACGUGGACGACAUGUAAGAAACGGCAUUUGCNNNCUCAAUGCCUCUGUUUAUGACUCUGGCCUGGAUGUACUCGGUGGCCAUCAUCAUCAAGGGUGUAGUGUACGAGAAGGAAGCCCGGCUCAAGGAGACCAUGAGGAUUAUGGGCCUGGAUAACGGUAUAUUGUGGCUGAGCUGGUUCAUCAGUAGUCUGAUCCCGCUGCUCAUCAGCGCCGCCCUGCUGGUGCUCAUCCUGAAGAUGGGGAAUCUGCUGCCGUACAGCGAUCCUGGCGUCGUCUACUUGUUCCUGACCUCGUUUGCGGUCGUGACCAUCAUGCAGUGUUUCUUGAUCAGCACGCUCUUCUCCCGCGCUAACCUCGCCGCGGCCUGCGGGGGCAUCAUAUACUUCACCCUUUACCUUCCCUAUGUGCUGUGCGUGGCCUGGCAGGACUACGUCGGCUUUGGAGCCAAAGUUGUAGUGAGCCUCUUGUCUCCGGUGGCGUUCGGCUUCGGCUGUGAGUGCUUCGCUCUGUUCGAGGAGCAGGGAGUGGGCAUCCAGUGGAGGAACCUGCUCUCCAGCCCCAUGCAGGAGGACAGCUACAGUCUCACCACGUCCAUCUCGCUCAUGCUCUUCGACUCUGUGCUGUACGCCAUCAUGACCUGGUACAUUGAAGCUGUGUUUCCAGGUCAGUACGGCAUCCCACGACGCUGGUACUUCCCCUUCACCAAGUCUUACUGGUGUGGAGAGAAAUGUGGCGGGAUUACAUCAGCGCAGACUAACAAGAAAGAAAAUGCUGAAGCUGUGUGCAUUGAAGAAGAACCGGCUCACCUGGAUCCGGGUGUUUACAUCGAGAACCUGAUGAAGGUUUACAGCAACGGCAAACUGGCGGUGGACGGUUUGACUCUGGGUUUUUAUGAGGGUCAGAUCACCUCCUUCCUGGGUCACAACGGCGCUGGGAAAACCACAACCAUGUCUAUCCUCACCGGCCUGUUUCCACCCACCUCGGGCACCGCUUACAUCCAGGGCAAAGACAUCCGCACCGAUCUGAACACUAUACGCCAAAACCUGGGCGUCUGUCCGCAGCACAAUGUCCUGUUUAGCAUGCUCACCGUGGAGGAGCACAUCUGGUUUUAUGCUCGUCUGAAGGGUCUGUCUGAGGACAAGGUGAAGUCGGAGAUGCAGCAGAUCGUGAUGGACCUCGGCCUGCCUCAUAAACGCAAAUCUCGCACAAACCAGCUCUCGGGAGGAAUGCAAAGGAAGUUAUCAGUAGCGCUGGCGUUUGUUGGAGGGUCAAAGGUCGUGAUCCUGGAUGAGCCCACCGCCGGAGUCGACCCUUACGCUCGCCGGGGCAUCUGGGACCUGCUGCUCAAGUAUCGCCAAGGACGCACGAUUAUCCUGUCCACCCACCACAUGGACGAAGCUGACAUCCUCGGGGAUCGCAUCGCCAUCAUCUCCCACGGGAAGCUGUGCUGUGUGGGCUCCUCUCUGUUCCUCAAGACCCAGCUGGGAACGGGAUACUACCUGACUCUGGUGAAGAAGGACUUCGAUCUGUCGGCCAGCUCCUGCCGUACCUCCAGCAGCACCGUGUCCUACUCCAAAGCUAGCCUCAAGAAGGAGGACAGUGUAUCCGAGAGCAGCUCUGACGCUGGACUGGGCAGCGACCACGAAAGUGAAACCACCACCAUAGGUAUAUAUUUCCCUGGUUUUCAGGAUGACAAUGCAUCCGAGAGCAGUUCGGAUGCUGGUCUAGGUAGUGAUCAAGAGAGCGAAGCCGCCACAGCGAUUGGAAAUACAUGGCCCGAAUCUCCUGUUGUUCCUGUUGAUGUAGCCCUCAUUUCCAGUCUAAUCUUGAAGCACGUUCCCGCUUCUCGCAUGGUGGAAGACCUCGGACAUGAGAUCACAUAUGUGUUGCCUUAUGAGUCUGCCAAAGAUGGUGCUUUCGUUGAGCUCUUCCAUGAUCUGGAUGAUCGGCUCGCUUACCUUGGCAUUUCGAGCUAUGGUAUCUCAGAUACUACACUCGAAGAGAUUUUCCUUAAAGUGGCAGAGGACAGUGGAGUUGACACUGAAAUCAUCUCAGAUGGAACUUUGCCUGUGCCUAGACAUAGACGACAUGCAUUUGGUGCUGACCAUCAGAGCUGCCUCAAACCCCUGACCGAAGAUGAUAGCUUUGACUGCAAUGAUUCUGAAGGUGAUCCAGAAUCCAAAGAGACAGACUACUUGAGCGUUUCCAAUGGGAAAGGAUCAUAUCAGGUGAAAGGCUGGAGUUUGAAGAGGCAGCAGUUUGUGGCUUUACUGUGGAAGAGAUUGCUUUAUGCUCGCCGCUCAAGGAAAGGCUUCUUUGCACAGAUUGUUCUUCCUGCUGUGUUUGUGUGUAUCGCUCUGGUAUUCAGUCUUAUUGUCCCACCAUUCGGAAAAUAUCCCAGCCUGGCUCUCAAUCCCUGGAUGUAUGAAGAACAGUUUACAUUCAUCAGUGAUGAUGCCCCACAUGACAUAAGCACACAAAAAUUACUCAACGCUUUAUUAGAUGAUCCUGGCUUUGGAACUCGAUGCAUGGAAGGAGAACCAAUUUCUGAUGCUCCUUGUACAAUGGGAGAUGAGGAAUGGUCUAUACCAGAAGUGGCAGAAAGCGUGAUAGACAUUUUCAUGUCAACAAACUGGACCAUGGACAACCCAUCGCCUGCUUGCGAGUGCAGCUGUAAUGGCAAAAAAAAGAUGCUCCCAGAAUGCCCUGCUGGUGCAGGUGGACUGCCACCUCCUCAGAUUAAAAUGAGUGAAAGUGAGACCCUCCAGAACCUGACGGGACGAAACAUAUCAGACUAUCUUGUGAAAACCUAUGCACAGAUCAUUNACGCUUGCGAGUGCAGCUGUAAUGGCAAAAAAAAGAUGCUCCCAGAAUGCCCUGCUGGUGCAGGUGGACUGCCACCUCCUCAGAUUAAAAUGAGUGAAAGUGAGACUCUCCAGAACCUGACGGGACGAAACAUAUCAGACUAUCUUGUGAAAACCUAUGCACAGAUCAUUGGGAAAAGCUUAAAGAACAAGAUAUGGGUGAACGAAUUCAGAUAUGGAGGAUUUUCAUUGGGAGCUAGAAGCACCCAGGUAAUUCCUCCUGCUGAAGAGAUCGAUGAUGCCAUCCAUAGAGUCAGGGAAAUCUUCCAACUGGAGAAGGACUCAGGAUCAGCAGCUGACCGUUUCUUGAAAAGCCUGUCAGCCUUUAUCAAUGGGUUGGACACUAAGAAUAAUGUCAAGAUAUGGUUCAAUAACAAGGGCUGGCACAGUAUUGGAGCCUUCCUCAAUGUAAUGAACAAUGGUAUCUUGCGUGCCAACUUACCACCUGGCAAAGACCCCCGUCAGUUUGGCAUCACUGCGUUUAACCAUCCGCUCAAUCUGACUAAGGAACAGCUUUCUCAAGUGGCCCUAAUGACCACCUCAGUGGACGUGCUGGUUUCCAUCUGUGUGAUCUUCGCCAUGUCCUUCGUCCCUGCCAGCUUCGUUGUCUUCCUCAUUCAGGAGCGAGUAAAUAAGGCCAAGCACAUGCAGUUUAUCAGUGGAGUGCAGCCAUACCUCUACUGGCUGGCCAACUUUCUCUGGGAUAUGUGCAAUUAUGUUGUUCCUGCUACUCUGGUUAUCCUGAUCUUUGUGUGCUUUCAACAAAAAGCCUACGUCUCUGCAACCAACCUGCCUGUUCUUGCCCUUCUUCUGCUUCUGUAUGGGUAAGAAAGACAGAUCAAGACA